AUGGAGGAUGAAGAUGGGACUUGUCUACUUGAUGUUUUGUGUGACCCCCAAGCCCUGAACGACUUCCUUCAUGGGACCAAUGAGCUGCAGACUGAAGACCUGCUCAUUAGCUCCUCCUCUGGGGAGCCCUCCCUCUUCACAGAUGCCCCGAGCCCCAUCUCUUUGCUGGGAGAUGGCAGGGAUUCCCCAGACACACCUCCACCUGGGUGUGUGGACCUGUCCUUCCUGGAGGAGGUCCUCCUGUCGUCACCGGAGGGCGGAGAAGACCCACAGGUGGAGCAGGGUGGGACGCCCGCGGAGGCAUUCGUGGCAAAGAAGGGGGAAGUGGAGGAAGCGGAGGAGGCAGAGGUGGCAUGUGAUAUCCUGCAGCAGAGCCUGCAGGAGGCUGAGAUCACAGAGCAGACCAUGGCUCUGGAGGCAGGGCUGGCCCAACCUGGGGACAGCCUGUCCCUGUACUCACCUGCCCCUCUCCUCUCCCCACCCGCCGUGCCAUUCAUACCCAAAUCCGUGACCUUGCCCAUCACUCAGGCGUUGCCCAGAGACACCCAGGCAGCAGUGGAGCCUCCCCAGCCCUCCCUCCUGGCUGUCGGGCCGGGCUGCCCUUCUCUAAAACCCGCCGCCCCUCCUCAGCUAAUGGGGCUUUUGCCCGGGAAUGUGUUCGCCGCUGCUUCACCAGAGACCUCCUUCUCUCUGAGUCCUGCCCAGGCGUCCAGUAUGAUCAUCCACAAGGCCGUUCCCAGCGUGACCGGUCGUCCCCUCAUCACCCCGACCCUGAGAGCAGCAGCGGCGGCGGGCCUCGUCCUGCAGCGCGCCCCUUUUCCCAUUCAACCCAAGAUGCCCAUCAGUAUUCAGCCCAGACUGGUUCAGAUUAGCCCCAAGCCUUCUGGGCAAAAACACACACCAGGUCUUACAUUUCUCCCUGGGACUGCUUCACCAAAUAUUUUACUCUCCCAAACUCCAGGCCAAAAGCCCGCGGCUCCGCCACCGCAGGCCUCGCAGCAGCUCCCCAAACCGGUCAGCCUGCAGCUGGUCAACCAGGGUGGCUCCUUUGUGCUCCAGCCUCAGGGACUCUUCCAAGGCCAAAACCAGUUCCUUCUUCCAGGCCAGUCCCCUGUUACCAUCUCCCAGUCUGCCAGUGCAGCUCGACCGCUGCUGACCCCCAGUCACCACGGCGCGUCGCUCCACAAUGUGAAUCCCUCCGCGGGGCAUCUGGUAGAAGGCUCUCAGAUCCUCACUGUGCCCCAAAGACAGCUGAACUUCAGCCCCAUCUUCACGACCUCUUCAGGGCAGCUAGCGCUCCGCCAGGCCACUGUGCUUUCAGGACCUUUGCAGCUACAGUCAGCGCCCCCUACUGUCUUCCAGAUGCCAGCACAGCUGGCUGGAACCUACACCCCAGGAGGGCAGGGCCAGCGUACCACCCUGGUCCACGGUCCCGCUCUUGGAAACCACAUUACCUUGAUCAACAGUUCAGGGGUGCUGCCCCCAGAUCUCACUUCCAUCUCAAUCGUCAACGGCCCCUCGGUAGUUCGGGGUCUGCCUUUUGCUGCCCGGGCUCCGGUGCCUCAGACAGGAGAAGGACAGCUGAGCCUCCAGCAGGCUUCUGUGGUGCUGCUGCCAGAAAGACCCAUUCAAGAGGAGAGGACCGGCUCAGAGGAGACGUUCCACCAGCUAUCGCAGCCUUACGGACAUGUCCUCCACCACCUCUCGGUGCAGCCCACCCCUGCAGGGCUGCAGUCCUCCUCUCCUCCUGCGGUCACAGUCCUGCAGCCUCCCCCUGAACCCCCCGAACCACCUCUGGACCCCGAACCAGCUGUGGAGAUCCCUAAACUCUUGAUGGCCCCAUCAGUCAUGACCCAAGUAGUGGAGGAGGUGACCCACUCGAUGAGUCAGAACGAGGCCUUUAUGCAACACCUGCAGCAGCAAGCACUUAGUUCUCCCAUCACAUCUGAACUGUUGGUCGGGUCGCUGCCAGCGGCACCGAUGGAGUCGCUGGCCUCCCCGGUGGCCAAUGAGAGAGAGGCCCAGGCGGCCUCGGGUCAGGACGCCCGCACCGCGAUGUCCGACCAGUGCGUCGAGGCUUCCCCGCUUCACUCGGACCCAGCGGACGCUCCGCUGAUCUGCUCCCCCUCUCCCAUCCAGGACACAGAGAGACCAGCCCCGCCCAGUUUCUCCACUCAGAUACCUGCCCCUGGACCUGAGGGUUCAGUCACGGCUCCCCAGUCUCGCAUCGAGCCCCAAGUCCAGUACCAGGUCCCUCAUCAGCUCCAGGCCUCACAGGCCUUAUUUGCCCAGAACCCGGUGCAGAUAGAGCCGGCUGUCUCACAGACCCGGACCCAGGUCCAGGUCCAGCCCUCCGUCUCCCAGCCUCAGUCCUCCGUCAGCGCUUCAGUCCACAGCCCCCCCCCUCUGCGUGUCUCGGUGCCUCAUCAGCAGCCUGAUCCCACAGCUGCGUCUGCCCGUCUCUCCGAAGGAGGAGGCGAGUCCGCUGUCCAACAGCACACACAAAUCAAGCCAACAGCUGCCUUGGUCGUGGAGAGUAAAGCGUUUACUCUCGAUGUCCAUCCGCCCUCUCCUGCAGCCCCGGGUGUCCAGGCUCACAGGCCCCCCCCCGCCCCCAUCCAGACCACCGGCACCAAGCUGGCAGAUCCUGCGGAGCAGCCGAGAGACGAGAGGCUCACGCCAGCGACGCGCCGGCACAGGUUCCAGCAGCAGAUUUGUUCGGACCGCGCGGCGGUUCAGACCCCGUUCGCCGGCCCGGCCUUUCCCACGCUGAAGGACGCCGUGAAGCGCCUGCUGCCGUACCACAGCUGCGCCGGUCACCUGCCCACGCAGGAGGACUUCAAUUUAGUGGACCAGGAGUUUGACACCGUGUCCGGUUUCCUGCUGAAACGCACCAAGGACAUGGUCAACAAAUACAGGCAGCUCCUGGUGAGAGAAGCCCAGCAGGAGAGUCCGUCGGCAGAGAUGGUGAUGCUGGAGCGUCUCUUCCUCCAAGCUGAGCGAUGCGCUUUAGCAGAGGACAGACGGAGAGUCCGCAGAGACCCAGAGUCCUUUAUGACGGCCUUGGCUACAUCAGCGUCUUCCCCCCACGGGGCCCCCUCCUCCGGCAGCCCCUCGUCUCCCCCAGCCUGGACCAGGCUGUCCGACCGGCCCCCGGGGCUGAAGACGUACCGCUCCAGCUCCCGCGGGGCUCUCCGGCUCACCAUCAAGCAGGAGUCCGGCUCCCGUAAGGUGGUUCACAACUCGGCCUGCGACCCGGGACUCAAGAGGGACCACACGGGGCAGCUGACCAACGGCGGCGGAGCUGUGAAGGAACGCCACCCUCAGGCCCCCAACGGAGCGCCGCGGCGUCCCGAGCACGACGAGGAGGGGGGCUCCAACGGGGCGGUGCUUUGCGACGCCGUGAAGGAUGUCCCACAGGCGGCACCCCAUCCCAAAAUAAAAGCCCCAAACCCUCUUUCUAUGCCAGAGCCACAGGUCGGUUGCUUCGAGUUGCCUCCCAGAGAUGUCAGCGGCCCCAAACUGAAAUGCUACAGGUUGGACGAGUCGCCUCGGCCAGAGCCGCGGUUCAGCCCGCCGCCGCCGCCCCUCCAAGAGGACAACAUGCUCACUGAACAUCUGCAGAGUGCCAUCGACAGCAUCCUGGAGCUCCAGCGCCUGCAGGGCCCCUCUGCGGCCCCGACCAGGGCCACGUCAGGCCCUUCGCUGGACCAUGCCGUCACCAGCAUCCUGGAGGGACACCUGUGA